AGCGGUGUGUCGCGACGCACAGCGCAAAAGAAAGUGCGUUUUAAACGAGGGAGAAACACACUCACACGUGGCCGAAAGAACGCGAAAUCCGAAGAGAGCGGAGCGAACGAACUGCCCCGACAGCAGAGUGCGGUGCAGCCUGAGGCCCGCAGUAUGUAGGGUGCGAACCCCGCGCUUCGGGAUGGUUCACGGAGAGCUUCCCCCCUCCUCCUUCCCCCCGCACUGCCAUUCAUCCUUUCUUCUCCAGCUAAACAGGAGGAGAAAAGGACGAGAGCAGGAGGACAGCGGAGCCCCCGCCGCCCUCCAGCAGCACAGCCCCGCGUUCUCCUUCCUUUAACCCCCCACCCUGCUCGCCGCAAUUUUUAUUUAGCUCCUUGGAUUUCUGAAUGUUCCGCGAGGCUCCGCGCUGCGCGAGCGGCGUGGAAAUGAGGGAGUCCACGGCGCGGAUUUAACGGACGAGCAGCGGCGCGGUUCGCGUCAGCGGCGACAGACGCGCCUCCUUCACGUCUCGACCGUUUCGUUUGUGACGAGAAAGAAGUACAUUCGCAAAUAUUUGGGGGCUUCUUCGACUAGAGAGAGAGAAAAAAAAAAAACGGCUGCGGAACUGGUUGGAUGGUUGGCCUCUGCCUAGGACACCAUGAGCACCAUCUCCCCCACCGACUUCGACAGCCUUGAGAUCCAGCAGCAGUACAACGACAUCAACAACCGCUGGGACCUGGCGGCGGAGACUGACUGGGAUAAUGAGAACAGUUCGGCGCGCCUCUUUGAGCGCUCGCGCAUCAAGGCCCUGGCGGGGAUGGAGCUGGAGCAGAAGCCCAGUGAGCCUUGCCUCUCUCCAGCUGCUUAUUUCAAUCAGGUUCAGGUCUCCAGCAUCCUAGAAGGGCGGUUCAAACAGCUGCAAGAUGAGCGUGAGGCAGUGCAGAAGAAGACCUUCACCAAAUGGGUAAAUUCCCACCUGGGACGAGUCACGUGCCGCAUCGGGGACCUUUACACGGAUCUUCGUGAUGGACGCAUGCUGAUCCGCUUGUUGGAGGUGCUGUCGAGCGAACAGCUGCCCAAGCCCACUAAGGGCCGCAUGCGGAUCCAUUGCCUGGAGAAUGUGGACAAGGCGCUACAAUUCCUCAAGGAGCAGAAGGUCCACCUGGAGAACAUGGGGUCUCACGACAUUGUUGACGGCAACCACCGCCUCACCCUGGGCCUCAUCUGGACCAUUAUUCUCCGGUUCCAGAUCCAGGACAUCAGUGUGGAGACAGAGGACAAUAAGGAGAAGAAGUCAGCUAAAGAUGCCCUCCUCCUUUGGUGUCAGAUGAAGACUGCAGGGUACCCCAAUGUGAAUGUUCACAAUUUCACAACCAGCUGGAGAGAUGGCUUGGCUUUCAAUGCCAUUGUACACAAGCACAGACCAGACCUGAUUGAGUUUGACACGCUGAAGCGAUCCAAUGCGCACUACAACCUGCAGAACGCCUUCAAUGUGGCAGAGAAGGAGCUGGGUCUCACCAAGCUGCUGGACCCUGAGGAUGUUAAUGUGGACCAGCCCGAUGAGAAGUCUAUCAUCACCUAUGUGGCCACCUACUACCACUACUUCUCUAAGAUGAAGGCCCUGGCAGUAGAGGGCAAGCGGAUUGGCAAGGUGCUAGACUAUGCCAUCGAAGCCGACCAACUGAUAGAGAAGUAUGAAACACUGGCAUCAGAGCUAUUGCAGUGGAUCGAGCAGACCAUCCAUACUCUCAACGAUCGGCAGCUGGCAAACUCCCUGAGUGGUGUGCAGAACCAGCUGCAAGCCUUCAACACCUACCGCACUGUGGAGAAGCCCCCAAAAUUCACAGAAAAGGGGAACCUGGAGGUUCUGCUCUUCACCAUCCAAAGCAAGAUGAGAGCCAAUAACCAGAAGGUUUACAUGCCUAGGGAGGGCAAGCUCAUUUCAGACAUCAACAAGGCCUGGGAGCGCCUGGAAAAGGCAGAGCAUGAGCGUGAACUAGCACUGCGAAAUGAACUGAUUCGUCAGGAGAAGCUGGAGAUGUUGGCGGCGCGCUUUGACCGCAAGGCUGCAAUGAGGGAAACGUGGCUCAGCGAGAAUCAGCGCCUGGUAUCUCAGGACAACUUUGGCUUUGACCUGGGUGCGGUGGAAGCGGCCACUCGCAAGCACGAGGCCAUCGAGACGGACAUCGGGGCUUACGGCGAGCGCGUAGCAGCCGUUGAGGCAGUGGCCCGUGAGCUCGAGGCAGAAGGCUACCACGAGGUGCGGCGAGUGCUGGCACGGCGUGACAAUGUACUGCGCCUCUGGGAGUACCUGCGGGAGCUGUUGGCUGCACGCCGCGAGCGCCUCAAUGCACACCGAGAUCUGCAGAGGCUGCUGCAAGAGAUGAGCUACAUCAUGGACUGGAUGGGUGACAUGAAGGGACGUCUGCAGUCACAGGACAGUGGGAAGCACUUGCACGAUGUAGAUGACUUACUGCAAACCCACACCCUGGUGGAGGCUGACAUCUCUGCUCAAGCUGAGAAGAUCCAGGAUGUCCAGGCUGCAGCCCAGCGCUUCAUCAGUUCUGAUCAGAGCUAUAAGCCAUGCGAACCAGCACUGGUCAGUGAGAAGGUGUCUAGGCUGGGCAGGGCCUAUGAGGAAUUGGGCCGCCUGGCAGCAGAGCGGCGGGCCAGGCUGGAGGACUCACGGCGCCUCUGGCAGUUUCUGUGGGAGCUGGGCGAGGAAGCGGCCUGGAUGCGUGAGCAAGAUCAGAUCUUAGUGGGUGGAGAUUGUGGGCGUGACCUUAGCUCCGCCCUGCAUCUGCUGAGCAAGCACGAGGCCUUCCGUGAUGAGAUGGCUGCCCGCUAUGGUCCUCUCAGCAACAGCAUCGCUGCUGGCGAAGCCCUUGUGCAGGAGGGUCACGUUGGGGCACCGGAGGUCGUGGAGAGGAUCCGGGAUAUCCGUGCACAGUGGGCGCACCUGGAGCAGGCCUCCCAGCUGAGGGAGCAGCGCCUGAAGGAGGCAGUGGCCCUGCACCAGUUUCAGACAGACGCCAAUGAUAUGGAGGCCUGGAUCAUGGAGGCACUGCGCCAGGUGUCGAGCCAGGAUGUGGGCCACGACGAGUUCUCUACCCAGACGCUGGCCCGCAAACAGCGGGAGGUGGAGGAGGAGAUCCGGAGUCACCGCACAUUGAUCGAUUCACUGCACGAGCAGGCGCUAGCUCUUCCGCCAGCCCAUGCCCGCUCUCCCCAGGUGGAGGGUCGGCUGCCGGCUAUUGAACAGCGGUAUGAGGAGCUGGAGGCCCUCUCAGCAGAACGGCGACAGGCUUUGGAAGGUGCACUAGCCCUGUACCGCAUGUUCAGCGAGGCAGGGGCCUGCCAGCUCUGGGCCGGGGAGAAGAAGCAGUGGCUGGACAACAUGGAGAUCCCCAGCAAACUAGAAGACCUAGAGGUUGUGCAGCAGAGAUUUGAGACCCUGGAAACGGAGAUGAACAACCUGGGUACGCGCAUCAGUGAUGUGAACCAGGUGGCACAACAGCUGCUUGGCACGGACCACUGCAGCAAAGAGCAGAUCCAUCAGACCCAGGCCCAGCUAAACAACUGCUGGAAAGAGUUCCAGCAACUUGCUGACCAGCGUAAGCAGGCCCUGGAAUCAGCACUCAACAUUCAGAACUACCACCUGGAGUGCAAUGAGAUCCAGAGCUGGAUGCGGGAAAAGACCAAGGUGAUCGAGUCCACUCAUGGCCUGGGCAAUGACCUGGCAGGGGUUAUGGCCCUACAGCGUAAGCUCACAGGCAUGGAGCGUGACUUGGAGGCCAUUCAGGGUAAGUUGGACAAUUUGCGUCAGGAGGCCCAGAAACUGGCCCUUGAACACCCAGACCAGGCUCCAGAAAUCCAAGCUCGUUUGGGAGAGAUCCAAGAAGUGUGGGAAGAGCUGAAUGCCACCAUGAAGCGACGUGAGGAGAGUCUGGGUGAGGCCAGUAAGCUGCAGGGCUUUCUGCGGGACCUGGAUGACUUCCAAGCCUGGCUGUCACGUACACAGACAGCGGUGGCCUCUGAAGACAGCCCCACCUCGCUUGCUGAGGCUGAGCGCUUACUUGCCCAGCAUGAGGGUAUCAAGAACGAGGUGGACAACUACCGUGAGGACUACGAGAAAAUGCGUGCACUGGGUGCAGAGGUGACCCAGGGUCAGACGGAUGCUCAACACAUGUUCCUGGCCCAGAGGUUGCAGGCACUGGACACUGGCUGGCAUGAGUUGCGUCGCAUGUGGGAGAACCGCCACAGCCUGCUAGCCCAAGCCUUUGACUUCCAGACCUUCCUGCGAGAUGCCAAGCAGGCUGAGGGCUUCCUUAACAGUCAGGAGUAUGUGCUGUCACACACGGAGAUGCCAGCAAGCCUUCAAGGGGCAGAGGAUGCCAUUAAGAAGCACGAGGACUUCCUGACAACCAUGGAGGCCAGUGAGGAGAAGAUCAUGGGCGUGGUUGAGUCUGGCCGGCGGCUGGUCAGCGACCUCAAUGCCAAUUCCGAUAAAAUCCAAGAAAAAGCUGAUUCUAUCCAGGAGAGACAUAAGAAAAACAAGCAGGCUGCCCAUGAACUGCUGGCUAGACUGAAAGACAAUCGUGAGCUACAGCACUUCCUACAAGAUGGACAGGAGCUCACUCUCUGGAUCAAUGAGAAGAUGCUUACAGCCCAGGACAUGUCUUAUGAUGAGGCCAGGAACCUCCACAGCAAGUGGCAGAAACACCAGGCCUUUAUGGCUGAGCUGGCCUCCAACAAGGACUGGUUGGAUAAGAUUGACAAGGAGGGCCAGGCUUUGGUGAGGGAGAAGCCAGAGUUGGAGUCUGUGGUGAAGCAGACGCUUGUAGGCCUGCAAAGGCAAUGGGAGGAGCUGGAGGCCACCACCCGUACCAAGGCACAGUGCCUCUUUGAUGCCAACAGGGCAGAACUCUUCACCCAGAGCUGUUCGGCCCUUGAGUCUUGGCUGAAGAACCUAUCCGCACAGUUGCAGAGCGAUGACUAUGGCAAGGACCUGACCAGUGUCAACAUACUGCUCAAGAAGCACCAGAUGCUGGAACACCAGAUGGAGGUGCGUGAGAAGGAGGUGCAGUUGUUGCAGUCACAAGCACAGGCCCUCACCCAGGAGGACGCCGGCCUGGCUGAGGUAGACGGCCAGCAGAGACAUGUUGCCGAAAGCUUCGCCCAGCUCCAGGACCCUUUGAAGAAGCGGCGGCAGCAGCUGCUGGCCUCCAAGGAAGCUCAUCAGUUCAACCGUGACCUGGAGGAUGAGAUUCUCUGGGUGAAGGAGAGAAUGCCACUGGCAACCUCUACAGACCACGGCAAGGAUCUGCCUAGUGUGUUGCUGCUCAUCAAAAAAAAUCAGACGCUUCAGAAGGAGAUCCAGGGCCACCAACCCCGGAUCGAUGACAUCCAGGCCCAUGGGCAUUCUAUGAGCCGAGGCCAGGAGCAGGUGGACAGUGAGCACCCGUCCCGGCAGGAGGAGCGCCUGGCAGAACUACGCGAAUUGUGGGCACGCCUGAUUGCAGAGACAGAGGAGAGGCGCGUCCGGCUGGUGGAAGCCCACCGAGCACAGCAGUUCUACACUGAUGCGGCUGAGGCAGAGGCCUGGAUGGGCGAGCAGGAGCUGCACAUGAUGUCGGAGGAGAAAGCCAAGGAUGAGCAGAGUGCCUUGGCUAUGGUAAAGAAGCAUCAGAUCCUGGAGCAAGCUCUGGAGGACUAUGCCCAGACCAUCCACCAGCUGGCCAACAGCAGCCGGCUCAUGGUGACCGCGGAGCACCCUGAGAGCGAGCGGAUCACGUUGCGGCAAGCCCAGGUGGACAAGCUGUAUGCUGGACUUAAAGACUUGGCAGAGGAGAGGCGAGGCCGUCUGCAAGAACGCUUGCGCCUCACCCAGCUCAAGCGGGAAGUGGACGACCUAGAGCAGUGGAUUGCCGAGAGGGAGGUGGUCGCCGGCUCCCAUGAGCUGGGCCAAGACUACGAGCACGUCACGAUGUUACGGGACAAAUUCCGCGAGUUUGCACGGGACACCAGCACAAUCGGGCAGGAGCGCGUGGAUGGCGUGAACGCCCUAGCUGACGACCUGAUUGAGUCCGGACACCCAGAGAAUGCCAGCGUAGCCGAGUGGAAGGAUGGCUUAAACGAGGCGUGGGCCGACCUCCUGGAGCUGAUUGAUACACGGACACAGAUGCUGGCCGCCUCCUACGAGCUGCACCGCUUCCACCAGGAUGCACGUGAGGCGCUAGGUCGUGUGCGCGAGAAGCACCAGGCGCUGCCCUCUGACCUAGGCCGUGACCUCAACACCGUGCAGCACCUGCACCGACAGCAUACGGCCUACGAGCAUGACAUCCAGGCACUCAGCGGGCAGGUGUGUCAGGUGCAGGAUGAUGCAGCGCGGCUGCAGAAAGCUUAUGCUGGUGAAAAGGCUGAUGACAUCCACCGGCAUGAGCGUGCCGUGUCAGAGGCCUGGGAAGCGCUGCUCGCUGCCUGCCAGGCUCGUCGCCUCCUCCUGCUGGACACUGUGGAGAAGUUCCGCUUCUUCAACAUGGUGCGCGAUCUCAUGCUGUGGAUGGACGGGGUCAACCUGCAGAUCGAUGCCCACGACAGUCCUCGGGAUGUGUCCUCAGCAGGACUUGUCAUUGCCAACCACCAAGACAUAAAGUCAGAGAUCGAAGCCAGGGCUGUCAGUUUCACAGUCUGUAAGGAGAUGGGUGCUACACUAAUCAGCAAAGGGCACUACGCUGCUGAUGAGAUCCAGGAAAAGCUGGACCAGCUGCAGGCAAAGAGGGAUGAGAUCAACAAGAAGUGGCAUGAUAAGAUGGACCAUCUCCAAAUCGUGCUGGAAGUGCUACAGUUUGGACGUGAUGCCUCUGUCGCUGAGUCCUGGCUGGCAGGCCAGGAGCCACUAGUGCGGGCAGCAGAGCUGGGCUCCAAUGUGGACGAGGUAGAGAGCCUCAUCAAGCGGCACGAAGCCUUUGAGAAGCUGGCAGCAGGCUGGGAGGAGCGUUUCAUCCAGUUGGAGAAGCUGACCACGCUGGAGGAGCAGGAACUCAAGAGGAGGAGGGAGGAGGAAGAAAGAGCACGUCGGCCCCCGACACCACCCCCCGCUGAAGAGGUGGCACCAUCUGAUGCAGAGAGUCAGAUGCACGACUCUGCUGCCAGGACUAGCCUGGACCAGACAACCCUGAACCAGUCGGUGUCCGUUAACGGCAUCCACAGCGAUCUAGAAACUUCUCAGGGUUCUCAAACUGAGACAGUGAACGGGCCAGGCCGAGACAGUGGACUGGCCACUUCCUCCCGCAUAGAUCCUUCUGCCCCCUUUGCCACACUGCCCAGUAAGGGUGUAGCUGAGCCUACACCUGUAGAGACCAUGGAGGGAAUGCUGUGUCGCAAGCAGGAGAUGGAGUCUCACAACAAGAAGGCAGCCAGCAGAUCCUGGCAAAAUGUUUACUGCGUGCUGAGAAAGGGAAGCUUGGGCUUUUACAAGGACAACAAGGGUGCCACCAAUGGUAUCCCAUACCAUGGAGAGGUGCCUGUUAGUCUGAGUGAGGCCUUCUGUGAGGUGGCCCAUGAUUACAAGAAGAGGAAGCAUGUCUUUAAGCUCCGGUUAGGUGAUGGGAAGGAAUACCUCUUUCAAGCAAAAGAUGAGGCUGAGAUGAGCUCCUGGAUACGCUCCAUCAUUUCCUCGAUCCCCCCGAGUGUGGGAGGUUCACCCGGGGGCCAGCGGGGCUUGAGCCGAGCCAUGACCAUGCCACCCAUUUCUCCUAGCUCAGCAGAGGGCAAUGUUGUCGUCAUGCGAAACAAAGAGGGCAAAGAGAAGGACCGUGAGAAGAGGUUUAGCUUUUUUGGCAAGAAGAAAUAGGGUUGCCCCCCCGGUGGAGAAGCCCGACGAGAACAUCCAGAAAGGACAACGCUCUGAUACAUGGACAAAUUGGCCUCGGGCCCCUUACAGGCCAGUCGACGUGUCACUUGCGUGGCUCUAACAGAGCUCUCUAUGUUCACCUUUGUCUAACCUGUAAUGGUAGCUCCUGUGUCAUUCUCAAGUGGAGGGGUUUGCGGGAGCAGGAUUCCAUCCCUGAGUUUCUGCAGAGAGCUCAUUUGGGACCGACAAUAGAAGACAAUAAUUAGAAGGCCCUGGGAGGGCGGGGGCGGGGGUGUCUGAGUUGGGCAGGUAGCAGAGGCAAGGCCUAGAACCACCAGAGACAGAAACAUCAUAGAAUCCAUUUUAUUAGGUUCCUCCCCUUUGUUUCCUCAUCUUUAGACUGGUUCGGCCUUCAAGCAAGCAGGCUUCGAGACGGCUAGAAGCAGAGAGCCUCCUGUGGGCGUCUCAGACACCUCUUUCUUUUCUCCUUGUUAGACUGCUUGAAGGAACGCACUGAAUUCAUUUCUUUGGGUAUUGUUCAUAUUAACAGCAUUAGUAAUGUUAUUCUCAUCAUUAUUACUAUUAUUACUAUUUGUUAUUUAUCUUUUUGCUGUUGCAGUUUUUGACAAAAAAAAGCUUAUUAAGGAUUAUGUAAGUAUAGGUAACUUGAGACCCAAUGCAAUGAAAAAAUUAACUGAUGUGAUUUUGCAGGACCAUGUUGGUCACUGUUUGUUUUUCCUAAAGUACCAGCUUUUAAUGUGUUUAAAACAUACAGUACAUUAUGGCAGUUAGGGUUUUAAAAUCGUUUUAAAUAAUUAUGUCAGUUUAACUAUUUAAAGAGUUGUUUUUAUUGUUAUUUUUUUCUGCAAUUUAACUGUUUUGUUCUUUUGGGGGAAUUAUUUUGUAGAGGUUCUUUUGGAACAUUGUAGCUAAAUAGGGUUGAGUUGUGGUGGUUCUGUUUUUGCACUUUUCCUUUAUGUUUCCUGGGUCUUAGGUCAGUGCCAUCCAGCUCCAUAAAGAGAAAAAAAAUUUUAUAAAAAGUGAGGGUUAAGUUGCUGAAGACUUUGGUUUGAACUUGUAGUUGACACUGCAAUGAUCUUAUUUUAACACUGCCUUGCUUGGUUAUUUUCUGACUUCUGUAUCGUUUUUCCUUUCUCACAAAGACAUAUGUUGUUUAUUGGUAUAAAGGGUCCAUCUAAUAAGUGAUUUUGAACAAUAGAAGAUCAAAUCAGAAAGGUGUUAGAGAGACGCAAGGGUGAUCAGUUGGGGUUGCAAUUGCUGGGAUGCGUGCUAGACAUGAAUGUGUGUAAAAUGUGAAAAGCUGUGCACUGGAUGAGAGUUAAAACAUUUCAAAAUGAAGCAUCAGAUAUUUAAACAAAUAGAUUUUGUUGCUGCCAGCAGGUUCCACAUACAGUUACCUCUGCUGGUUUAGUUUUUACUUGUUUAUUCAGCCUUUGGAGCAAUUAAGCUUGUUUUCUUCUUCCUAUACUUCAUAGGAACAGGGAAAUGUUGGAAGUAAAAAUAUGUUCAAAAAGCACAUCUGUUUCAUUGGCAAAAUAUAUGCACACUUAUUUUACAUCAGCAGCGUAUGGGUAUACAAGUUGGAAGACUGUUACCAAAGUCCUAUAAGAGAACAGGUUCUGGCAUCGUUUGUAGUUGGGAGGAGUGAAAUGAAAGGGAAGCUGUGUGGGGAAUUUCUGAAGGAUGAGUUUCUUUCAGGGCAACAGGAAUUAGUUUUGGUUGUGGCCUUUGAAUAGGAAACCCUCCAAAACUGGUGACAGUAGGCUUGAUCUCACACAUAUUAUCCUUGCCCUAAUCAUCAUCUUAUUUCAGCAUAGCAUCUCUAGCUGUGUGUUAGAGUUUGCCAUGAAGCUUAAACACAACAACACGUGUUAAAUCUUUACUGCGAUACACUGAAGCUGUACUGUGUGUCCAGGCUUCGGCCACAAGGCUGAUGAUGGAUAUUCCGAUUGAACUGGAGAUGAUCACGGUAUGAGAGGUAGAUACAGGCCCACAGUCAGCUUAACCCCCAAGUUACUGGAGCAGUAACACAGAGUGGUGGUCUCUUGCUGCCCAUGAACGAUGAUGCUGUGACUACAACCAUCUAGACUACUGUAUAACUGGCUGUUCACACACUCGCUCGUACACAGCUGCCCUUACGAGUGACCAGACAGCAGUGGGCAGUGAAAUGUGGCACCAGACCAGUCCUAAAGCUGCUCAUGCAAGAAAUCACUCCCUGCAUAGGGCACGUUUCCGGCUUCAAUACAGAUUUUGUCAAGUAAUCACUUGCAUAUCGUUAAGCCGCCUGCAUACAGCAUCGAAACAAACACACAGGCUCCUUUCUGACAGGCCUGUACUAGAAUGCCCUUUUGGCCAACAAACUGCAAAAGUUGCUAAUUAAACUUGUAGGAGCUGAACAGCGUGAGGUGUGUAAUUUACCUGUGGUGUAAAAAUACACCUAUGGUGUUAGAAUACAUGGAGUACAGUAUAGACAAAAAAGGGAAAAACAUCACUUGGAUGAUGUGUGUCAAACUCUGGAGCAGUGAAAAAGCUAAGAGCACAUGUCCUGACAUACAUACCUAGGACCUAAAGGUGUUGUAAAGUAAACUGCAUUAUUCAUACGUCAAAGAGGAAAAAGUAUAUUUUGAAGAGCACCUCAUUGUUGUACACAUGAACACUCGGUGUGAACUGAGGGUCUGUUGCACACCAGGCAACGUUUGAAUGUAGACUGAGUAACAUCUUUAUGCUCCACAACAACUUUUUCGUUAUGAUCUUAUAAAAAUGACUAAAGUAGAUAAGACUAGGUGAUUAAGGCAAGGUUUUGGGAAGUUUUACAUAUAUGACAGUACAUUUUUGGGAACAAUGUAACUGCAAAUACAGAAGUGGAUAGAUUUUAUUUUUGCUUUAUUCAUUCACUAUUAUUGGAAGAAACACAAACUUUUCAAGGGUUAUUUAAUCCCAGUGAUGCUAACAAUACUCAAAUAGGAUACCAAAAAUUAUAUAAA